GUUGAGUCUGCUGAUCGUAGAAGAAUUGAAGACGGAGACGAUGAGACGCAACAUGCACUUUCUCUGGUGGGUGACGAUGAUGAUGAUGAUGAUGAUGGAAUUCCGUUUGGCGGACAGCCUUACAGAACUUGAUGCAAACUUCAGAUUUCUUGCGAUGCCAGAGGACGCAGCCGGAGAGCGAUAUUCAAUUAGAUUAUCGAAACGCUACGUCCAACCUAACAAGAUCAACACCGAUGGCAGUUUCACAGAUAUCACCUAUACCGACAAUACCUACAAAAUGUCAAAGCCAUUUAGAACACACGGUGAUAGAUUGACUAAAAUCAUUCAGUCGUAUUUUUUAGACCACUCCGGGAACUAUUUCUACCAGAAUGCCACGACGUGGGAAUGGGUCGUGAAAUCUUGGGGAUUUCUUGCGUAUAGCGUACCUGACAACACAGAUUGGAACUGGUGGGGCUAUCAAAUUGGCGUCCCGCGGUCCUUCUGGGCUGGUCUCUUCCUCUCGAGGGGUCUAAUCAAUGACACGCUCUACGACGAUUUGAUUCAAAGAUACUGGACGGACCGUACGGUUUGGGAUUACGAACGAAAGAAGGAUGGGUACAUAUCGGCAUCAAAUCUGGCAAAUAGAGGUUUCCAUGGGUUGUUCGAGGCGUAUUACAAAAAUCAAACUAUUUUUGAAACCAGACGAAAUCAGGUCCUCGAGUACUUGAGUGAAGAAAUGGUGAAUAAAACGACGUACCAAGGGGAGGGUGUAGGGGCCGACUACUGUAUUCACGUACACAAUCUCCACGUGGGCUUCUAUGAGGGACAUUAUACUAACUCCCAUUUACGUUUGAUGAUGUAUAAUGGCGGAUAUGGAGCGGAGUUUCUCAAGAGAUCUGGCGCCAUCUAUUUGGCACUUCACGACUCUUCUUAUGCGGUGGAAGAGCAUGUUUUGUCCGAGUUCAUAAAUGUCUUCUUGGAAUGUCAUCAGUAUUUGGUGCGCGGUCGGACAUUCGAGCCGACAUCAGUUGGGCGUAAUAUAGAUGAUAACCAGCGAGUGACUUAUUGGGCAUCUUUAGACUCCGUUUACAAGGUAGCGAGAUUGCUGUCACAACUGAACUACCGUAAGACCGAACUAGAAAAUGUGAUUACAAGAUAUAAAAAACAUGGUCCUACUAGUAAAGCAAACGCCCUCAUUGGCAACAGGGGAUUUUUCGCCUCGGACAUGAUGGUUCACCAUAGAUUAAGUUACAUGGUGAGUGUGCGUAUGUUUUCCUGCCGCACAGUCCGACCUGAAACUUGGAUCAGCAGCAGAAGGAAAAACAACCCCGAUGGGUAUUACACGGGCGAUGGAUUUGUGGCUCUUCUACAGGAUGACCACGAGUUCGGAUCCAGAUUCAACGAGGUUUUCCAGUAUUAUGAUUGGGAAAAGAUUCCAGGUACGACCGUCGAAUAUCGUGGACAGGUUCCCCGGGAAGGUAUGGAGAGAAAUGUCGGUAAUCCAAACGGGUUUCCUCAUCAUAUAAGUAACGCUGCCUUCGUUGGCAGUGUCUCCGAUGGAAUGUACGGUGCUGCUGCAAUGGACUACGAUCGUCCAACAGUCAAUAUAACUCUGAAGAAGUCUUGGUUUUUCUUUGAUGAUGAAGUCGUCUGCUUGGGUAGUGAUAUUGAGAGGCGCGAAACUAAUGAGGUGACCGAGCUACCGAUUAUUACUACGCUGAACCAAAACGUCCAAAAUGGUGACAUUGCAUAUAGUAAUUCAGAAACAUGGCAAUAUGUAGGCUCAAACACGAUAACAGAUGUUCCAAAUGCUAAAUGGAUUCACCACAACAACGCGGGAUAUGUGUUUCCAAACGGGGCAGAUGCAAAUAUCGAAUCCUAUGUUAAGACGGCAAAUGGUAAAACUCUGGAAGUCGCAACCAUGUGGAUGGAACAUGGUGUUAAACCGUAUGCGUACAUCAUGUACCCAGGUGUAACCAUAGCUCAAACUGAGCAACGUCACGCAAAUCCAUCAGUGGCGAUCUUGCAACAGGACUCAAAUGCCCACAUCGUGUACCAAUCAACACUUGAUAUACUCUCGAUGGUCGUGUUCACCGGUCCAUUCUCCUUCGUUUACCCAGAUACUGAAUUGUCCUUUUCUUUCACAGUCGAUCAGGCUUGUAUUUUGAUGAUUCGGCACUUGCAGUCAAAUAACAGUCUUUCAAUCACCGUUUCGUUCCCUCCGCAGAUAACAGCGACAGUUGGUAUUACAUUUGGUUUGCAUUUGACAGGAGAUGACUCAACUUACAAUUCCAGUGAGCAGGAAUCCAAAGUUCUGUUUCAUUUCGCACAUGAUCUGAGAGUUGCUGGAAAAAGUCAAACGAAGAAUUUGAAGAUUGAACCAAUAAUCACGACAACAACUGAAUCUAUAAUCGCAACGACUGAAGCUACUACCACAAUAACUGAAAAAAUAACUGAACAAACAACAGCAACAAUUGAACUUUCAACCAUACCAACUGAAGCUACAACCACAUAAUCACAUCCGAACCGUCAACGACCACAGCAAAUAAAAUCGAACAUUUCUUGUAAAAAUGAGAACUCGAAGAGUUUCAAUAAACAGAUAAUAUUAACAA